AUGGAGUUCACCGACCGGGCGCAGAAGGCUGUUGAGGAUGCCAUGGCUCUAGCUGAGCAGUACGCUCACUCACAGCUGCUCCCGAUACAUCUCGCUGUUUCACUCUUGGAUCCUCCACCAGACCUGUCCAAGGACCAGCAGAAUGGCCCAGGACAACCCGUCACUCUUUUCCGGCAGGUUGUGGAGAGGGCCAAGGGUGACCCCCAACUUUUUGAUCGCGCCCUCAAGAAAAGCCUCGUCCGUCUGCCCAGUCAAGACCCUCCUCCAGAGCAGGUAUCCUUAGCACCGUCUUUCCACGGAGUGUUGAGGAAGGCUCUGGAGCUCCAGAAGGUGCAGAAGGACACGUACAUCGGCGUCGAUCACCUCAUCACCACGUUGGCCGACGAGCCUAGCAUCCAGGCUGCCCUGAAGGAAGCCAACAUUCCCAAAUCGAAGCUAUUGCAAGAUGCUGUUCAAGCCAUCCGCGGCACCAAGCGUGUGGACAGCAAGACUGCCGACACCGAAGAGGAAAAUGAGAACCUUGCCAAAUUCACCAUCGACAUGACAGCCAUGGCACGGGAUCAGAAGGUUGACCCCGUCAUUGGUCGUGAGGAAGAGAUUCGCCGAGUUAUCCGAAUUUUAUCGCGGCGAACCAAGAACAACCCGGUCCUCAUUGGUGAGCCUGGUGUCGGAAAGACCACCGUUGUGGAAGGUCUCGCACAGCGUAUCAACAACCGCGAUGUGCCAGACAACCUGAAGCACUGCAAAUUGCUAUCUCUCGACGUUGGUGCCCUGGUUGCUGGUAGCAAGUAUCGCGGAGAAUUUGAGGAACGCAUGAAGGGUGUCCUGAAGGAGAUUGAGCAGUCAAAGGAGAUGAUUGUUCUCUUUGUUGAUGAGAUCCAUCUGCUCAUGGGUGCUGGCUCCUCAGGGGAGGGAGGCAUGGACGCCGCCAACCUGCUCAAGCCGAUGCUGGCCCGCGGACAGUUACACUGUAUCGGUGCAACCACACUUGCCGAGUACAGGAAGUACGUCGAGAAGGAUGCCGCCUUUGAGCGACGUUUCCAGCAGGUUAUUGUCAAGGAACCCUCCAUUCCUGAGACCAUCUCCAUCCUCCGUGGCCUCAAGGAACGGUACGAUCGACACCAUCGAGUCACCAUUCUCGACAACGCUCUGGUGGCCGCAGCCAACUUGGCUGCCCGAUACUUGACUUCGCGACGCAUGCCCGAUUCCGCCAUUGACCUGGUCGACGAAGCAGCCGCGGCCGUUCAAGUGGCCCGGGAGUCACAGCCCGAGAUCAUCGACUCUCUUGAGAGGAAGCUUAGACAGAUCACCAUUGAGAUCCUUGCUCUCGAGAAGGAGAAGGACGAAGCUUCGCAAAUCCGCUUAGCAACCGCCAAAAAGGAAGCCGCCAAUGUCGAGGAGGAGUUACAGCCUCUUCGCGAAAAGUACCAGAGCGAGAUCAAGCGCAGCGAGGAGAUCCACCAGGCCAAGGUGAAGCUCGAUGAAUUCGAGAAGCGCCUGGAGGACGCCAUGAACAUGGGUGAUCAUGCCAAAGCAGCUGAUCUCAAGUACGGUGCGAUUCCUGAGCAGCAACAGCGCAUCAAGAUGCUUGAAGACCGCAAGGUCCAGGCCGAGGCGGCUCUCAACGCUGCCGGCGGAGACACUGGCACCUCCAUGGUGACAGAUAUUGUGACCGCUGACCAUAUCAACGAAAUCGUCGCCCGCUGGACCGGCAUCCCGGUGACGCGUCUCAAGACCACGGAGAAGGACAAGCUCAUCAACAUGGAAAAGGUGCUCGGAAAGACAGUUGUUGGCCAAAGGGAAGCUGUCCAGUCUGUGGCGAACGCUAUUCGCCUGCAACGCUCCGGACUGGCUAACCCCAAUCAACCCCCAAGUUUCCUCUUCUGCGGCCCGUCAGGUACAGGUAAAACUCUUCUUACCAAGGCCCUGGCCGAGUUCCUCUUCGACGAUCCGAAGGCCAUGAUACGCUUCGACAUGUCUGAGUACCAGGAACGUCAUGCACUGAGCCGAAUGAUCGGUGCGCCACCUGGCUACGUCGGACACGAUGCAGGUGGCCAGCUCACGGAAGCUCUCCGCCGCCGACCUUUCUCCAUCCUUCUGUUUGACGAGGUUGAGAAGGCCGCAAAGGAGGUCCUCACGGUCCUCCUGCAGCUCAUGGACGACGGACGCAUCACAGACGGCCAAGGCCGAGUUGUCGAUGCGAAGAAUUGCAUUGUGGUCAUGACAUCCAACUUGGGUGCUGAGUACCUUACGCGGAGCAAUAAGGAAGGACGUAUCGACUCCAGCACUCGAGAGUUGGUCAUGGGGGCUCUGCGGAAUUACUUCCUGCCCGAGUUCCUCAACCGCAUCAGCUCGACUGUCAUCUUCAACCGUCUGACGCGGGCCGAGAUUCGGCGCAUCGUCGAUGUUCGUCUCAAGGAAAUCCAAAAGCGGCUGGAGGACAACGGUCGCAAGGUCUUCAUCGAUGUGUCCGACGAGGCAAAGGAUCAUCUUGGUGCCGCUGGCUACUCGCCCGCCUACGGUGCCCGUCCUCUGCAGCGUCUACUUGAACAAGAAAUCCUCAACAAGCUUGCCAUUCUCAUCCUGCGCAACAACGUUCGCGAUGGCGAGACUGCGCGCGUCGAGCUUGACGAUGGACGCAUCGUUGUCAUUCCCAACCACCCUGACAGCGAUACUGGAGAGGAUGAAGAGAUGGUGGACGAUUCGGAUGCAGUCGAGGAGAUUGCUGGUGAUGGUAUGGAGGAGGAUUUCUACCAGUAG